AUGGAUGGGAGCUGCCGAGAGAAGUGCUGUGUGUAUACCUCGCUGAUUCUACUUAGUGGACAACCCUGGCUGUUUUACGGAGUAUGCAUCUGCAGCUUCCUAAAUCCAUUACUGUCAUUUCUGCCUCCAACUCUUGAGCGCCUGGAUUACACGGGCCAUAACGAAUGGUAUAUUCAUCUGCCAGCUAUACUUCUUGGCCUGAUCAUAUGUGUGAUCCAGGUACUACUGCUAUUGAGGCAAAUUUGGCCCGGAAACAAAAGCGCUAGUGAUACCCAACGAAGCCGUAUCAUCUGCUGUUUUGUGGCCAUUCUGGAAGCCGUUGCUUUUCUCGUGCUUAUUGGCUUCUUCUUUCGUCACAAACGGGUGUACGAAGAUCUACCAUGGAUCUUGUUCGCGAUGUCACUUUUAAGCUUCAGGUUCUUUCCGUUCAUGGAGGUGUAUCGAAUUUGCCGGGGUAUUUCAAACGGGUCGCAACCUUCUCUCGAAGCGAAUUUGGCUUACUCGUCAUCGAGCAGCACUGUAAGUUCCGACAGUAGGAAAACCCAACGGUGGAGCUUGAGUGGGGGUUCUAAAAUCGACCGUAAGAUGACAGAAUUAUGGAUUUCGGGCAAGGUGGAAACCUCUGAACAGCAGGUUUGA